AUGGUAGCUGCAUCGCUGGAUCGUCAAGGGAGUGAAAAGAAGAAGGAGUUACAUGGGAUUACACCGAUUCGUGCAAUAUCGGGUAGUUGGGGUGACAGAAUUAACGACUGUGUGGACUUCUAUGGUUAUAAAGUCAGUUUCACAUGUGAUAUUGUUGAUGUGAAGUUUUCAAGUUUGGUUCUUUUAGUUGAAUCAAAGCUAGAUGAAGAUGUGGAGGAUGUACAAAUGAAUUUAUACAUUGGUUCCAACGUUGUGAAAUGCAAGGUUUUUUCAUAUGUGAAGUUGCAUCUCAAUGCACAUCAGGUAGCAAAAGCUAAGGGAUUUCAUGAAUUAUGUUUCAAUGGAAUAUUUGGGGAGUUGUAUACCGGCUCUAAAGAGCCAAGAGAGUUUUUACUACAAUCAAACAGAAAAUUGUGGAAUCCGAAUUGCAUGUACUUGCUUUUGCCAUUGGAGUUCCUAGAACCAUUGAGGAUCAGUUGGAAAGAGAUUGGCUCGUGUGUAUCUGUAGUUGAUUUCGUCAAGAAAAAUUCCAUUUUUCAGGCCGAAAGAGACAAUGUUGAUUCAAUCAUGAUGAAUUCUGAUCAUGGCGAUAUGAUUCAUUUUGCCAAUAAGUCUAUACAUAAAGAUAAUGUUAAUGAAGUUGUGGUCUUGGCUAUUCACACCGGGAAAAUGUAUAUAGUUCUGAAAUUUAUUGAAGAUGAAACUGCAGAUAGUCCAUAUGACAGAGAUCAAUCAAGAUUUUCAUCAUUCACCGACUAUUUUAAGAAAGAGUAUGAAAUUGUGCUAAAGUACCCCAGACAACACUUGUUGCUGCUGAAACAAAGUGAUAAGACACAUAACCCUCUUGUGGACUUCAGUCGUCAAGGUAUUCACAUGAAGAAAUAUCAUCCUCAUAUACCACCGGAACUUCUAGUCAUUAUCGAUGUGAGAAUAGAUGUUGUUAAAUCAAUUUAUCUGUUACCUUCAUUAAUGCACCGACUUGAGUCAUUAAUGCUGGCUAGCCAGCUUCGUGAGGAGAUCACCGGCCAUGCUAUUGACUUACACAUCCCAUCAUCACUGAUUUUGGAAGCCAUCACAACUUAUAGAUGCAAUGAAAGUUUUUCUAUGGAGCGAUUGGAGUUGCUUGGUGAUGCAGUGAUAAAAUAUGUAAUCAGUUGUGAUCUUUAUCUUAAAUAUGUAAAGGAUCAUGAAGGAAAUCUAUCUUCUCGGAGAUCAUUGCAAGUUUGUAAUUCAAACUUAUAUAAUUUGGGAAUCGGACGUCAAUUACAGGGUUACGUAAGAGAUACUGCAUUUGAUCCUACUCAAUGGGCUGCACCUGGUCAGCUUCCAUUUAGACGUCACCCUUGUGAUCAUGGCAUCGAGACUACAGAAGUACCUAUCGAUAUUAAAUACCAGACUGAAGAUCCAAAAAUUAUAAUUGGAAGGUGUUGUGAUAGAGGCCACAGAUGGUUGAGUUCAAAGACGGUAUCUGACUGUGUUGAGGGUCUGGUAGCAGCUUAUUAUGUAGGCAAAGGGUUGAUAGGUGCCCUUCACUGUAUGAAAUGGCUCGGAGUAUGUUGUGAUCUUGAUCCAUCACGCAUCAAUGAAGCCAUUGAAAUUGCUGCACUCCAUUCAUACACUCCAAAGCUUGAUAUCAUUCACAGUGUAGAGUCGAAACUUGAGUAUGAGUUUGAGGCGAAGGGUCUGUUGUUGGAAGCUAUCACACAUGCAUCGGACCGAGAUCAAGGAACUACAUACUGCUAUCAGAGGUUAGAGUUUCUUGGUGAUUCGGUAAUAGACUUGCUUAUUACUUCGCAUCUCUACGAAAAGCAUAGAGACAUCACUCCCGGAGAGAUGACGGAUUUACGUUCAGCCUCAGUGAAUAACGAAAAUUUUGCUUCCGCUGCUGUAAGACGAAAACUUCAUCUACACCUCCAGUAUCGGUCGAGUUAUCUCCAGAGUCAGAUUGCAGAGUAUGUUGUCGCUUCAUCGUCCACUGAUACAAACUCGCUGCAGACUAAGAAAUGCCCUAAGGCACUUGGUGAUCUAUUAGAGAGUAUCGCUGGGGCAAUAUUAGUUGAUACCAAAUUCAAUCUAGAUAAAGUUUGGCGCAUCAUUGAGCCCUUAUUAUCUCCAAUUGUAACACCAGACAAACUUGAGCUUCCUCCUUCACGUGAGCUGAGGGAGUUAUGUGACUCAAUGGGUUAUUAUAUAGACUACUCGUGUAGUAGCAAGGGCGAUACUACUAUGGUGGAGCUACGAUUGCAGCUCCAAAAUGCCUUUUUAUCUGCACAGGGCUGCGGUCCAACUAGAAAAUUUGCAAGGGGUCUAGCCGCAAUUCGGUUAUUAAAAGAGCUAGAGAAAAGAGAAAUUUCACAGAAAAAUCUGGGUCUAGACAAUAGGGAUGGGGAAAUCAACAAUCAAAGCAGCAAUAUAAGUGACACAACCCCAGAGGAACCCAAUCUUGUCAAGAAUUUAAAGUUAAAUCUUGUUGAUCGUCAGCCAGAAGAUACCCCCCUUGUCGAGAAAUGUUUACUUGAGAAAGAAUCAAAUUCAAAGGUUGAAUUCCAAGCGGCAGUCCUAAAGUCAAUCGACACGAAAAAGGGAGGGCCAAGAUCUUCACUCAAUGAGCUGUGCAUGAAAAUGCAGUGGCAAGCACCAAUAUUUACGCCAUUAGAGCAAAAGUCGAAAAAUCAAACUGACAUUGGUGAAGUUCUUGAGAAAAGAACAGCAUUCAAUGGCUUUCAGUCUCAUAUUACUUUGACUAUUCCUAAUUAUGGUGCUAUUGAGCUCACGGGAGAUCCACGAGCAGAUAAGAAGAGUUCUUUCGACUCUGCUGCACUACUCAUGCUAUAUGAGCUCCAGCGACUUGGAAUGCUCAAAAUUGGCUAGAAAGUUAACAGGUUGGUAGGUUAGUUUAAUCAAAUUUUAUGAUGUUAGUUUAAUCAAAGUAGGUUGGUUUAAUCAAAGUAUGUAUAACGUUGGGGAAAAUUAGCUGUUGCUUUCAAAUGGCCUUGUACUAGUCAGUUUUGGCAAACAAUCGUACCCAAUUCCGUCUUCCACGAAGUAUGGGGGAGGUGAGAUUUAGACAGCUUAACCGCUACCCUAAGGUAGAGAGGCUGCUUCCAGAAGGACCUCCGGCCAUUUUGUAGGGAGUGAAAGUUGAAGCCUUGACCUUUGUCUCAAAAGGCAAGGGAUUUUCCACUUGAUCCAACUCCACUUGUUUAUUGCAGAAUUGAGUGUUGUCCUUGAAACUUAACCUUGAGACUAUAUGCAUGUAAAUGUGCAUAAGCCUCUUAUGGAAAAGGAAGAUUUUAAUAUAAUUUCAAUUAUAACUGA